AUGGGCGACCUUCGUUCUCGCCCACGAGCGCCGCUCCUUCUUUCACUGAUUGUUGCAUUGCAGGUCCCACGAAGCUCCGCUCAUCCAGUCGAUAUCCACGACUCUCCUCAAUACAUCAGGACUAUCACAGAAGCCGAAAGUUACAUCCCUCCAGGAACCGUUACAAUUUCUUGCAGCACAUCGACAGCAUCGAACGUCGUUCAACAGAGUCAAGAUGGACAGGUACAGAUCGAAGCGACCAAGUCUGACAACGACCCCUACCCGACAAAUCGUGUCAUUGUCCAGAUUCAAGAUGGUCAAGUGCAAAACCCAGUCAUCACGGGAGAGGCCUCUUCCAGUUCGAGUUCCACAUCUGUACUCUCCGCUCGAGACGUGACUACUGCAAACCCAUCAGGCGUACCGGCUGGGCUACCAUUCACUUCCUUGACGACUUAUCUUUUCGCCGAACAAACAUCCUCGUUCAGCAUCACUAUCUCUGAUAGUGCUCUGACCUCACUCACCACUUCCGAGGUACAGACCGCCACAGAGUCAGCACCGAGCAGCACCUCUGGAAGUAUUGUGUCGUCGUUGGAAUCUUCAGGCAAUCCAACCUUACAGCCAUUCCCUUCAUCCCCUGUCAGUGCAUCCACAAGCCUGUCGUUGGUGAACACGGAGACUGUUUCGGAAGGGGUUCCUAGUGCAAGCGUUGCUCCAUCUGCCAUCUCGGCGAGCAACAUCUUCCAGCAGAUUUCCAGAGAUUCGCCACCUGAGCAGAUCCCGGUCUACGACUCCCACCCAAUGAGCAGGACCGGUAUCCAGAACCAAACGCAUAGACUGCAGACCAACAAGUUCUAUGCUGGGUUGUACCUCGGCAGUCAGAACACGUCUUCCUUCUUGUUCCCGUACUCAGUCACAUGGGCACGCGGUCAAGGCGAGCUCCAAAGUUGGGGCAUGGGCAUAUCCCAUUCGGAACGAAGUCAAGUUGCAUACGCGCCGUUCAAGACUGCAGUCAAUGGGUACAGAUUCGACGCUGGUGACUGGGCUUACUACGCCAGCCCACUCGGUGUAUAUUCGAUCAUCAUGUCUGCGGCCGAGCUCAACAGUACCCCGACUGGGGAUCGACCUGGACUGACAACUGAAAAUCAGGAAUGGGGCGCUAUCACUGCGAACCUGUUCCCUCACGGCUGGCAGACGCCUGUGAUUCAGUUUCCGCUGUUGCAAGGCAUCUCAUUCAUCACAGGCAACUACAGCUGGGGUACACCUCUCAUCCAAUCUGGCGUUGGGUUCGAAGAGGUGAAGUAUACUGGAGCCGACGCCAACAACGAUACUUUCAAGUACACUGCCUUGCUGAACGACAGCACAACAUGGCUGAUCUACAUCACUCCCAACAGGGCGUUGAGUCCUGACUAUCCAUGCGAGUCCUUCACACUCAAUGGUAGCGCCACCGACUUGCAAGGCCAUUCCGGCUUCAAUGGGCUCAUCCAAGUCGCAAAGCUUCCUGGCAACUCAACAGCCUCAUAUUCCGGACCCAGUCCACAGGAUCUGUAUGAUGGCGCUGCCGGUGCCUUCGCCACAAAUGUCUCCAUCAGUGGCAAAGUCGAUGGCAACACAGGAAGCUACACUCUGUCAUGGACCAAACAAGGCAACCCCAACCAGUCAUUGUUGAUGUUCGCUCUACCCCAUCAGAUCGCUUCUCUCAGCAGUGGCACUUCAUCUGGGGUCACUGGACUGCAUCUCAUGACGACCGUCAAAGGUCUGGCUACAGCAAUCAGAGGCGAUUCGUGGACGCUCGAGGAGUCUGACUUGCCUGUGGAAGUGGGCUUUGCGCCGUGGAAACCAAGCAUAGGCAGCAUCGACAGUAUCAGCACUCUUUCGUCCGACGACAAGGCUCUGAUAUCAGAGAUCGGCCUGCAGGAGCUCGAAACCGACAUUGGAAAAGCUACCAACCUCGACAGCUUCUACUAUGCCGGCAAGCAAUUCGCGAAGUUCGCCACGAUUCUCUGGACGCAAUAUCAACUCGUGGGCAAUCAAAGCCUGGUACUCACACAACUGGACCCGUUGAAGAAAGCCCUCGCAUUAUGGAUCAACGGCGAGAACCAACACCCGCUGGUCCAAGAAACCGCCUGGGGCGGCGUCAUCAGCAAAGCAGCCUACACCGACUCCAACGCCCUCGCAGACUUCGGCAACGGCUACUACAACGAUCACCACUUCCACUUCGGCUACUUCGUCUACGCCGCCGCGGUAAUCGCCUACCUCGACCCGUCCUGGCUCGACGAAGGUUCCAACAAAGCUUGGAUCAACACCCUUGUCCGCGACUACGCCAACCCCAUCGUCGACGACCCCCUCGCGCCCUUCUCGCGCGCCUUCGACUGGUACCACGGACACUCCUGGGCGGCCGGGCUCUUCGAAUCCGCCGACGGCAAAAACCAAGAAUCCUCCUCCGAAGACACCAUGUCGACGUACGCGAUCAAAAUGUGGGGCUUCGUCACCAAGGACCACGCCAUGGAAGCGCGCGGGAACCUCAUGCUCGCGGUGCAGAAGCGCGCGCUGAACAUGUACUACCUCUACGACAACACCAGCACCACCCCGACCCAACCCCCCGAAUUCGCGGGUAAUAAAGCCGCGGGCAUCCUCUUCGAGAACAAAAUCGACCACACGACGUACUUCGGCGCCUUGCCGGAGUACAUCCAGGGCAUCCAUAUGAUCCCGACCAUGCCCUUCUCCGCGUACGUCCGCUCGCCGGCGUUCAUCCAGCAGGAAUGGGAGGCGUAUUUUGGGAAUUUCACGUCGAAUACCACGACGCCGAGUACUACACCCUAUAUCGAGAGUCUGGAUUCUGGUUGGAGGGGUAUACUUGUGGCCGACUACUGCAUCGCCAACCCUGAUUAUGGGUACAAUUUCUUUCGGCAAGAUGGGUGGAGGAGUGAGUGGUUGGAUGGGGGCGCGAGUCGGACGUGGUAUUUGGCUUGGUGUGCGGCUUUGAGGGCUUAUUCUUAG